AUGGCGGCCACUUUGGCGCCAGCAGAUUGGCGGAAGCUCAGGGAAGACCAAAAGGUGUACGCAAUUCGUGGGGCACCUGGGCUCCGGCUUGAAGGCAAUGAUGGCACACAGCAUCUUCAGAGGUGUAUAAAAACUUUCAUUGAGGAAGGCACGCACUUCACUUUAACAACGGAAGAUCUUUAUAGACCUCGUAUCAAACCUGAGAGGGUGAUGCGCAGCAUCGUUUUGGAUCUGACUUUCCUGGAGAAAAGGCCGGCCCGCCUCCCGAUAGAGCCAGACUUUGGCUGGCCCGACAUGGAGUUUUUCCAGUCUCCCGAUCGUACCUUGGUACCCCUUUGCGAGAGGAUCGCAGAGGGUGCAUACCCCAAGCUAUGGGGUAUCGACUUUAGCACGCCUUCCCUGUACCCCAUGAGCACUGAAUUCUUUCGGCACAUUCUGAAAGUCUUGAAGAGCCCCAACGUGCGAUUGCAAUAUAUGGGGAUCCCAAGUCACUUGGGAGAGGAGCUGUCUCACGAAUUGCUGGAUGCAUUGGAGGGCAAUAGAAAGCUCCUGAUCUUAUUUUAUGAGUGGCCUGAGAAGAGCAUGGCGGCGAGGGCGGAGCUGCUACUUGACCGCAACUGGCAGCUGUUGGGCCUGGCCCGUGAGGCGCUAUCUGCUGCUUCUGCUGGAAAGCUCCUUCUUUGCGGUGAGGGCCGGGUGGGGAAGACAACAUUGAGGAAGACACUUUGGCCCCCAGCGGUGAACCAGGGCGAGCAGAAACAGCUUGGGGGCAAUGAGAGCGGAGGUGUGAAGGGAAAGGAGGCAGCAAAGCAGAGAGGCAACCUUCUCGCCGGACUCCGCUCAAAGUUGGUGUUGUGCUUCCGACCAGAGGAUAACUCAGUGAGCGAUGCGGCUGGCAAGAAGGCAGGCAGCAAGCAGAGGGGAGAGGCCAUGAUCGGAAGCGGCAAGUCGGGAGGCUCGUUUGGUGGUGUCAUAGAGGAGCAGACGGUGGCUGCGGGACUGUCAAAUUUGAGGCCAGAGGCCUCAACAAGGGGUUGGGAGGUGGAGCGGGUGAAGUGGGAGGAUUACACUAUGAUGCUGGUGGACUGCGCGGGUCAGGAAGAGUACCAAGUGUUGCAUUCUUUCAUCAUCCCUGAGAUAGCCAGCCAGGCCACGGUGUUCGUCCUUGUCUGUGAUGGGACGGAAGUGUCGUCGUUGAAGGCGAGGGCGCAGCUGAUUUACUGGCUGCAAUACCUGGUGUCCAGCAGCCGCAUGGCCAGGGCUGUGAAGGUGAUUGUGAACGAGAGAGAAGGGCGGGCUUGUGAGGGUUGGUGGGGCCAGCUACUGGGCGAGCUGUCUGUCACAUUCGGGGAACGAGUGCUCUUUCUCGGGGGAACGGAGCCGUUCUUUCUUGAUGCAAAGAAGCCGAGCGUUUUUCAAGCGAGCCGCCUCAGAGACGAGCUGCAGGGCCAUCUAACGAUACUGUUGAAAGACAUUCCGGGCGUUCCAGUGCUGGCAAACACAAUGCUUGAGGCGUUGAGGGGAGAGGCCAAACUGAAGGCGAACCUGCGCAUUGCAACAUGGCCAGAGGUCGGCGAGAUUGUCUACGUUGAGAGGCCGCACCGGCCCAACUCUGACCAGCUGGUCAUCCUCGACUCGGAGUGGUUUGGGCGUAAGGUCGCCGGGGAGCUGCUCUUUCCAGAGAGGCUCUGGUCCGACAAGGACCCCGAAAAGCGCAAGAGGGACGGGUUCGCGGUCAACGGCCAGCUCAAGCUCAAGGAGAUUGCGAAAUGCUGGGCGGGCAUACUCCAGAGCACGGCGUUUACGGCGGAGACGCUGAUGGACGUGCUGGUGGACCUCGAGCUGUGCUAUUGGUUGGAUGCUACCAAGAAAACGGUCCUGAUCCCGCCGUUCCUCCCGGCGCGGCCCCUUGUGGAAACGGCGUGGGCAGACCCCUCAUCCGGAAGCUCUGGGCGGGGCGACGGUCAAGUCGUGGGGAGGCAGCUGCGGUGCGCAGCGCCCAGCGAGGACGCGGCUAACGCAUCCACGUCGAGCACGACGGCAGCUGCGCAUGCAGACGGAGCGGCCCCUUCGCUGACACUGCUCCCAGUCAGCAUCCUCUACUUACUGCAGGUCCAGUGGCACGCCAAAUCCUCGCCCGGCCGGUCGCCGACCACCGGGCGGAGGAAGACGUGCUGGACGUGGUGGGCGGAGCUGGUGACCAACGUCAUCGAGGUCUGCGCGCGCCGCCUGCCGGGGGUGACGUUGCUCGAGGAGGCUGUUUUUGCCGCCGACGCGUCGGAAGACGUCCUUGCCAGCACGCGCUGCAAGUCGGUGGCCGAGAUUGAGCUGGAGGUAGCCCGCAAGCCUGACGUCAUCUUCGGACGGGAGAUCCUGGGGGCGAAACUGUUGACGAAGGAGGAGCUGGGCACCAUCCUCACCCGGCAGCAAAAGGCGCAUCAGAGUGCGCUGGAGCUCUCCGCCCUCGUGCUGGGCGGAAAACUCGAUCCAGAUGAAGAGGGGGUGUCAGCCGCCAAAGCGGUCGACCAAACGGGGCCAAACGCGCCGGUGCUGCGCGCGAUCAGGCUGAUGUCAAUGAGGUUGAACGGGAAGCUGAACGAGCUGACCAGCCUGGUCACGCAGCAUCACGUGGAGGUGAUGAGGGAGUUCCGCGCACUGCGGAGCGGUCAGGAGGAGCUGCUUGAGAAGCUCCGCUCCCUGCAGACGUUUCUCGAGACCAAAGACUUCCUGCCCCGCUUCGUGCACCUGGUCCCCGGCCGCACCGGCUUCCUCCGGCAGACGCUGGCGCUCCAUGUGCUGUGCGAAGGCGAGAUCGUGCCCCACAGGGUGGCUGGAAAGGAGGCCGGGAAAGAGGUGAAAGUGACGCAGGAGUGGGUGCGGGAAAUGGCACCCUGGCUGAAAACCUCUCUGAAGCUGCUCGUCGUCUUCGCCAAGAUCGGCGUCAAUAUCGCGGCGCCGGGGGCGGGGACGCUGAUCCCGGGGGUGGAGGCGCUACAGGGGAUCUUUGGGGGCACGCCGUUGGACGCGGUGGUGCGCGGGUACACCGCGAAGGAGAUUGUCGAUCUGGUGGACAAAAAGGUCGACUCGUUGGUGGCGUUUGUAGAGGGGACGGAUACCGUGAACGUUGAGACCGAUCCGGGCGUCGACACCCAAGCGCGGGCUCGGAAGCUGCUAUCCGCCGUCAGCGUGGGCCGGGACGACUUGCCCGGCCAGUUCGGGUUGAGUGCGGUCAAAUUUAUUAGGGAUUGCAAGCCCAACAACAAGGCGGGCCAGCUGGCUUGGUCUCAGAGCGGGUGCCUGACCGAGUGUGUCAUUUGUGACGCCCCCGAGACCGACGAGGCGUUCACAGGGUUUGAGGUUGCGGACAGGUCGGAGCCAGCGAGGGCGUGGGGAGCGCGGCCGGCGCGGGAGCAGUCCUGCCAUUGGUGCUGGGUUGACGGGGCGCGGGAGCGCUGGGAGAGCGAGCAGGCGGCGGGGACAGGCGCCCAGCUGAGAGAGCUGUUCAGGGAAGGGGCAAUCGCUGAGUUGGAUUGA